GCCUCUUCCUGUACACUACUAUCAUCAUCAAGAAGGUCGUUGAUCCAUCGUUGUAUCUGCACGUUCACAACUCAGAACUAUUCAAGCUUUUACGAUGUCUUCGGAGACAUGGCCUCCACAGCUAAAAGAAUGGGUCGCAACGUGUCUAGGACAGAUGACUGAUGCCAACAGAGCAGAAGCACAAACUGAGCUGAGACAGGUAAUUGCUGAUGCUUUCACUGCAAAGACGCUCUGGACGACAGACUGGGCUGGCGUGCAAUUACAAAGGUUCUUUUACCUGAAGCCAACGCCAGUGGUAAAUGGUUUGAAGCGAAAGAUGGCUGAGCCUGCUGCGACAAGUAAGAAAGCGAAGAAAUCGUCGGCACAAAAGAGUACGUCAGCUACCACAUGGGAUCUAGGGGAUCAGGCCACGUUGAACCGACGAGCGGAGCGAUUUCAACGAGAACAUGAGAUUGAGCGACAGAAAAAUUUGCGCAUUCAGCAACAACAACCGCAAUCACAACAAGGUGCUGCUCUUAAAGCCAAUCCUCAGGGUGCCCAUCUUUUCAAUCGAAUAUGGCGAGCUGAUUCACCGUCUACGCAUGGCUCAAACCCGGACAAUCCGGAGGCGGAUCCUAACGUACCUAAUUGGGACCGGCAUACGAUCGUGGGCACGAACCAGGGAAUGUUCAAGGAUUACCUACGAUUGACAUCGGAACCGAAGCCAGAAUUGAUUAGACCGUACCCUGUGCUCCAACAGACUUUCAAUGAGCUAAAAAGCCGCUGGCAAAGCAAGUGUCCGUACAACUGGAUAUGUAACCAGUUGAAGAGUUUGCGUCAGGAUUUGACGGUACAACGAAUAAAAAACGAGUUUACCGUGUUGGUGUAUGAAAUGCAUGCGCGGAUAGCACUUGAGACCGCUGAUAUGGUAGAGUAUAACCAGUGUCAAGCGGCCCUAAAGAACCUCUAUGAACUUGGUAUACCUGGAAAUGUCGAGGAAUUUACGGCUUAUCGUAUCCUCAUGCUUUUGCACGGCCGCAAUAAGAGCGAAUUAAACUUGUACGUAGGUCAACUAACACCCAAACAGAAAGCGGCCGAGGUAGUGCAGCAUGCAUUGCGUGUACAGCGGGCGCUGUCGAUUGGCAAUUAUCAUGCCCUGUUUCAACUGUACUUGGAUGCACCGAAUAUGGGGGGAUAUAUCAUGGACCACUUCAUGGACAGGGAGAGAGCUAAAGCAUUAAUGAUAAUGUCUAAAGCAUAUCGGACACUUUCCCUCCGAUUCCUCUACAACGAGAUGGCAUUUGAUUCGUUAGGACACGCUCGCGAGUUCCUGGCCGCUCAUGGGGUGUCAGCGUUCACAAACCCCAAUAGCCCUGACACAGAGAAGAUCCUAGAUUGCAAAACUGCAUUUCCGCUGAUUUCACAAGCUUACGAGGAAAAAUAUCGUAAGGUUCAAAUCAAGGGUGCCGUAUAAUCGGAACACAAUACAGAAUAAUUCGUUCCCCACACCAUGGUGUCUUCUCCGCGCAUCUCGCGAGUCCUUUACUUGUCGACCUCAUCUCGUAGUCAGUCCACGUGUCUUUUAUCUUGUCAUUCCCCCUCUCUGCCCUCUUCUCCCUCCCUUGCUUAUAUUCCUCCACACCCAUGUUUCAUUGACGCACGCCGACAUAUUCGGGACUUCAAUACCACGCAAGGAUAACAUGCUAACUUUAUUGAUACGGGGUGGAUAUGACUCCCCAAGGCAAUACCCCCAGCGCCAUCCUGGUUUACGCACAGGUGAAUAUAUCUUUCCAUGGUCGUGGACCCUAACGGUAAUGCGACUUAUGUGCAUGGACUGUUUGUGGGUGGGUGAAGUCAUCUUGUGGAGGAUGGUGGCGGUGAGAUUUGGGUAGCUGGUUCGUGUAAUGCCUGUGUAUUAUUUAUGAUAUUGCU